AUGGCAGAACCUCUCACCGAUUCAGAUCCACCGGUGACGAAUGCCAUCAAAGUGCUUACAGAGAGCAUCAUCCGUGACAAACAACUUGAAGAAAUAACUCGAGCCUCAGCCAAAGAGAAUGCUCCCUCAAAACAUAUUCCCAAAACCGCGUCCACCUCGGGAAAGAAGCGCAAGGCAGAAAUGUCGCUAGAUGAUGAGAUCGCAGCGUACAAGGUAGAUCUCGACGACGUUAUCUGCACAGACGAUUUCGAGGACGACCCGCUUCCUAGUUGUGGUUCUAUUCGCGCAAAGAUGAACAAGCUCUUCGAUUCGGGCGUAAUGACCAAGGCAGAAUUCUGCAGAGCCACAAAAACAAACUCCAAUUCCCUUAACAACUUUCUCAAACAAAAGGGUCCCUACGGCGGUUCCGGUAGUUGUGUCUGGCGUACUGCAUACGAUUGGUUCAAGCAGCGUGAAGUCAUGGGUCUCAAGAUGCCUGAUCCUAAGAAACGUCGCAUCGCAGAGGCAGAGAAGAACGUCGCAGAUGGAACGACUUCCAAGGGAGAAUCAUCAGCCAAGAGUCCAACGACGGGUCUUCCCGACAUAAGCGGCAUCCAUCUCCCCGAUGAGGAAGAAGAUGAUGUACCCGUCUAUGACGACUGUGACGAAAUCCGUCGCAAGAUCAAUGCGCACUUGAGGACCACCAAUGUCACUCAAGCGCAGUUCUGCCGGGACCUAUACGCCCAGUUCAAAGCACCCAAGUGCAAGGGAAUCCAGUCAAAGCAGCUAUCCGACUUUCGUUCGGCCAAAGGGUCGAAUUGUGGUGCGACGAGCUCUGUGUAUUAUGCGGCAUAUGUGUAUUUUGAGAAGCUUAGGAUUGCGCAGGGAAAGCCCAUGACCCAGCAUCGUGCGUUGAUUAUGGACUUAAAUCCCGGGGGUACACCGAGGGAUGUCGAUGAUAGAGCUAUUACUUGGUAUAUUGGAGCUGCGUAG